AUGGCAAAUUCAUUCCGUCGAAGUUCAUCCGCUCUGAUACCGACUGUGACUUCUCAUUGUCAUCGAUGUCAACUUGAUAUUGAGUCUGAUCCACAAUGUAACGGACGACUGAGAAUUCUCUGUCCAUUUUGUGGAGAAUUUCUCACCGGAUCGAACCUCCCCGAUAUACAGCAAUUGAAAAAAGACCUUCAGAAACGAGCGAGGGAUGAUAGCAACCAAGAUAAUGCAAGUCUUCGUUCACGCUUUAGUCGGACAUUCAAUCGGGUUAUUCUACGAAGACCAGAUCUUAGCAACAAUAGUGAUAAUAACGAAGUGACAACCAAUCCUAGCAACAAUAAGGUACACCAGAGUGUUAAAAUGCCACUCAUCGGAAACAAACAACAACAAGCAAAUGAACAAAUGAACAAGGAGAAUAUUGUGACAACAUCAGUAAUACAGGCAACAACCGUGACACAAGUGAAAAUUUAUGGUCGUGAGGACUUUCAAAACUUGAUGGAUGACAGCAAUUCUACUAAAGAUCAAAUUUAUGCAUUCUUUUCAAGAUUUUAUAUUAAUUUUGAUUACAUGCUGCAAACAUUAACACUGGCUAGUAACACCAAAGAAAUUGAUUGGAAGUAUCUUCAACUGAUUCACGAUUUCAUUCUCAAAGAUGUGCACAAAUCAUUUCGUCUUGUUCUCAAAACAAUCGCUUCCUGCUGCAUAAGAGAAGUUCGUGCCGGCGAGAGUACUCUUAAAGGUUAUGUAAUUCUUAUACUGGCACCGGUUUUUGAUGAAGUAUCGAAUACUCAUAUCUUCGCUCAUGUCUUACGUCGUGUUGCGCAUUUCAAUGAUCGUGAGCAUCAAGAAAUUGUUUCGAUUUUGAAAACGUUACCAGAUGAUAUGUUUCGAUCUGCUGUUCGUCGACUACAAACAUUUAUUUCUCUGAAUGUGUUUCCGUCGCGUGUGGAAAACUCGACAUCGGCACUAGUCAACGGUUGGUGGAUUCCAUGCGGCAUUCGAACAUUGGCAUUAUUCAAUCGUGCUAAUGAAAGAGGAAAUGGUCGAGUUGUUCCUUUACAAGAAAUGGCCAUCGAGAUACUGAAUAGUAUCGAUGGAGAACGUGAUUAUUUCGAAUGGAAACAUCGGCAAUCACAUGGAAUAAUAGGAGGGUUUACAUUUUGCCAAUACCCGUUUGUAUUGAGUGUCAAUGCUAAACGAACAAUAUUGAAACGAGAUUCCGAACAACAAAUGAUUGUCAAUGCACGACGUAGCAUGAUCGAAAAAUUUCAAAAUCGACAAGCACCGAAUUUGAACAUGCUGUUCUUAAAUCUCUACAUACGACGAGCGCACCUCGUGGCCGAUUCUCUUGCUGAAGUAACAAGAAAACACGAGGAUUUGAAGAAAAAACUACGCGUUACGUUUGUUGGCGAAAAUGGUCUUGAUAUGGGUGGGCUAACUAAAGAAUGGUUUCUUCUUUUACUUCGGCAGAUCUUCCAACCUGAUUACGGCAUGUUCGUAUUCUAUGAAUCAUCGAGCAUAUUUUGGUUCAAUGGGGCAUCAACUGAUAAUAUUCGUGAAUACAAUUUAGUCGGAAUUCUGAUGGGCUUAGCGGUUUACAAUGCUAUCAUACUUGACAUACGAUUUCCAUUAGUAUGUUACAAGAAACUUUUGACGCCAGCUUUUAUAAAGGAGCCUGUGUCGAAUUUAUCAAAACUCAAAGUGGGUCUUAUCAAACCAACAUUGGCUGAUUUCAGAACCAUCCGGCCGGACAUUGCCAAGAGUCUUCAAUAUUUACUCGAUUAUGAUGGUAACGUCGAAGAUGAUUUCGGACUUACAUUUGAGGUAUCGGUUGCACAGUUUGAUGCCACGUUGAUUUUUCCAUUGAAAGAAAACGGUUCAGAAAUCAAUGUUACAAAUGAUAAUCGUGCUGAAUAUGUUGAACUAUUAAUCGAUUUUUACCUCAACAAGCAUAUUGCUAAACAAUUUGAAGCGUUCUACUGUGGAUUUCAUAGCGUUUGCUCCUCCAAUGCACUUCUUCUGCUUGUACCUGAAGAGUUAGAAAUGCUCAUUUGUGGAAUGCAACAAUGCAACUUAAGCGAUUUGGCUAAAAUUACCAAAUAUGAAAAUUGUCGUCGAGAUGAAGACUUCAUCAAAUGGUUUUGGCAAGUCGUAGAAGAAAUGUCACCAGAGAAACAACGACGUUUACUAUUAUUUGUUACCGGUAGUGAUCGAAUGCCUAUUGGAGGCUUAAGUGAAAUGACGUUUAAAAUCGGCAGAGUCGCUUCAAAAAGUUGCAAUGUCAAUGAACUAUUGCCCAUGUCACACACGUGCUUCAAUCAACUGCUCUUACCGCCUUAUCCAACCCGUGAAAUUCUCAAAGAGAAAUUACUACUUGCUAUUGAAAACUGUGAAGGUUUUGGUAUUGAAUGA